CUCACGCAAACAUUGUCCCGCGUUAAUUGGGCGGACGUAAGACUGGCGUCACUUCCGUAAACACAACCUAGGACAUAAGUGAUGUCGAUAAGGGGUCUCGACUGUGUUGUUGAAACGUUUGGCAAUAUUUGGGUGUUCUGAAUGUGUAAGAUGUCUCAACCUGAUUUGUUCUCCAAGAGUCGUCCAAGAGUCUUUGAAGAUCCGUGUGAGGGAGGAAAUACUAAAAAGGGUGGAAAUGACUCAACUGAAAAAACUUCUGGAUUUGAGAGCAAUGAUCCUGUCAAAAGUUUAAGAGAAAAAGUGUUAAAGGAGGUAGGACUCACCAGCACAGCCUUCAUUGGUCCUGCAUUUCCUCCACAAACACAAUCAGCCAAGUCUGACAUUGAAGACACGUUGAGUAUUUUUUACAAAGAGCUUGAGAAGAUUGAUACACCAGAUGGUCUUGGUGAAAAUCCAGAGAGAGGUGCUCAGCCUAACCACAGCCUGCCUGAACUACCUAGCAGCAAAGACUCUCAGGAUGUACCUGAUGGGAAAAUGUUCUCCAUGGCAGGUUCUGCAGAAAACAGUUACCAGAGCAACAGUGGACCGACUAAGUCCUGUUGGCCUCACUGGCAUCAAAAUGAACCAUACUACCUCAAUAGGCAGAGGCCAGUGGGUAACCAUUGGGAUUAUACUCUACCACCAAAUGAACCCGUUUUUCCUAGAUUUCACAGACCACCAUUCCCUCACCAAUCACACCAGUCUGCAUACUCAAAUCCACAAAGCACUCCAGGACACAUCGAGGUAAACCCGAACAGUUCAGGAAUGACAAACCAGCAUCAGAUGGAUUUUCGUCUUCCUCCAUUUUCAAGGUUUCCAACUCCAAACGUGUUCAUCCCUUCCUCUCAGGGCUUUCAUGAAAACCCUCCGCAGCACUUUGGGUGGAAUGAACAGAGUUUCUAUGACACAGAUAUGAAUAAUGUACCUGGUAGGUGGUCUGGAGCCCGAAGAGAAGAAUGGCAGCGGUGUGAUGAAGACUACGACAGGCCUCAGAGGUUUAUGUCAGAAAAUAAACCUUGGGAACAACAGCCACGCUACCAACCCUACGAAGAGAGGUGUGAGUACCAGUCCCGUUUGGUGCUGAUCUUGAUGAGGGGAUUACCAGGAUCUGGAAAAACCUCAAGGGCCAGAGAGCUACUCUCCUCUGGCCCAAGUGGAAUAAUUCUGAGCACAGAUGAUUACUUUGCUGAAAAAGAAGGCUACCACUAUGAUCCAGGCCUUCUAGGGGCAGCACAUGAAUGGAACCAGAGCAGAGCUAAAGAUGCCCUGCAAGAUGGCCGGUCUCCUAUUAUAAUUGACAACACAAACCUCCAAGCCUGGGAAAUGAAGCCAUAUGUCAAAAUGGCCUUGGAGAGAGGAUACGAAGUGGACUUUUGUGAACCUGACACCAGAUGGAAAUUCGAUCCUUAUGAACUGGAGAAGAGGAACAAACAUGGUGUUCCUCAGGAGAAAAUUGCUCAGAUGAUGGAUCGCUUUUCAUUUCCCAUCUCCAUAGACAUCGUCAUGAGUUCCCAAGAACCCGUUCAUGUCAAUCAGAGACGUCAACCAGAGCACCAGCAGAUUAGGAAGAAAAUGCAUUUUUUUUAGUUUUUACAAGGAAUAAACCGCUGAUUAAUUUUACCUAAAGAUUAAGACUUUUAUACUCAUGUAAAUAUUACUUUUGGUAAUUUCCGGUUUUUAAUUUAUUACUUUGUAUAUUGUACGUUUAUAUGAAAGUAAAAUGAAUAAAUAUUUUUGAAUCCAUUAUUUUUAUUGUAUUACCUCAGGGGGAAAUCAGAUAUUUUGUUAUAUGUCAUGUUUGAUAUUCCAGACUUAAUAAUGUGUGUGUUUUGUUUUGCUGAAGGAAGUUUCAGACAUGUCUGUACAUUUAAAUGAUUCUCAUGUAUCAGUGCGAUACACUGAAUCAGAUUAGAAGAUAUCUACCAUUUACUAUACAUUUUUGUGUAAGACAUG